AUGGCAGGUGCAAGUGGUCGACGAUUUUUUGUUGGUGGAAAUUGGAAAAUGAAUUAUUCAAAAGCUAUUUUAGAAAAAAUUAAUAAUGCAUUGAAUAAUACAAAAGAUACUGAUGUUGAUAUCGUAUGUGCACCACCGGCUCUUUUUAUAAAAGAUUUUGUUUCAUCAAAACCAUCGCAUGUUCAAGUAGCUGCACAAAAUUGUUAUCAUGCUAAGGAAGGUGCAUUUACUGGUGAAAUUAGUCCGGAAAUGUUGAAAGAAGCUGGUUGUAAUUGGGUUAUUCUUGGUCAUUCAGAACGACGAACUUUAUUUCAUGAAGAUGAUGAAUUUUUGAAAAAGAAAAUUGAUUAUGUUCUCAAUAAAACAGAUGUUAAUGUUAUUGCUUGUAUUGGUGAAACAUUACAAGAACGUGAAGCUGGUAAAACCAAUGAAGUCGUCGAACGACAAGUUAAAGCUUAUCAAGGUAUGUUUACAGUUAAACUAGAAUUUGUAAAUAUAGAAGAUUUCAAAGACUGA